AUGGCGCGCGGCCGGCCAUCACGAGCUGCAGCUCGUCGCAGCACGCCUGCGCGUAGCGCGACACCGCAACAAGACAGCGACGUAGACAUGGAGGAAGUCGUGGAGUCGCGCGUAGAAUCGCCCAAAGAGGAGGAGGAAGAGGAAGACGCCGAGUCGGCAGCACAGGAAAAUGACGAGGAAGAGGCUGCCUCUGAGCGCUCCCCCUCCCCAGCAAUUGUACAACAGUUUCCGCGCAAGAAGCGACUGGGACGCCCCCCCAAGAACAGGCCGCCGGACUGGAACCAGGAUGUCGAAAACGUCUCCGAGGGCGGCACACCCAUCAAGCGCAAGCGAGGGCGACCGGCUGGUGGAGGUCGAGGGCGCCCGCCGAAGGGUGGUCCGUCGCACACAACGCGCGUACCCAUUGACAAGGAGGGCAACAUGAUGGACGUCAUCAACGACGAGGUCGACCUGCCCGAGGAUGCAGAGGGCGAGGAGAAGGUCGACAAGAUGGGCAACCUGCAGGGCGGCCGAGACUACCGCGUGCGCAUCUUCACCAUCAAGGGUAGAGGGGACCGGCAAUAUAUGCUCUCGACCGAGCCUGCCCGUUGUUGCGGCUUCAGGGACAGUUAUCUGUUCUUCACCAAGCACAUGCAGCUCUACAAGAUCAUCAUUGACGACGCCGAAAAGCGCGACCUUAUUGACCGUGAGAUCAUCCCGCACUCGUACAAGGGUCGCGCAAUCGGUGUUGUGACCGCACGCUCCGUCUUCCGAGAGUUUGGCGCCCGUAUCAUCAUCGGCGGCAAGCGCAUCAUUGACGACUACUAUGUGACCGCCGCACGAGAACGGGGCGACGUCGAGGGCGAGCUCGCAGAUCCGAACGACCGUCUUCCAGCACCAGGCGAGCCAUACAACAAGAACCAGUACGUUGCAUGGCAUGGCGCCAGUAGCGUCUAUCACACCGGCGUGCCCAGCGUACCCACAGCGAGCGGCAAGCCUGCGCCCGGGAAGCGGAAGGUCAACAUCACAUCUGCAAACUGGCAGUUUGAGCACGGCCGAGCAGCGAGCCGCUUCAACACCUCGCUUUCUGCCCUCCGCCGCGCAAACCUAGCCAAUGGUGUCUACGAUCCACACACGAACCUGAUGUGCUACCCAAAAACGACGCAACCCACCCAUGCACGCUGGGACCGUGUCCCUCUUGCAGAGACAGACGUCCCUCCUAUUGUCGCACGCAAAUAUCUGAUCGUCGACAAGGUGUUCCAGCAACCGCCCUUCGCAGGGUUAGGCAUACCGGGUCCGGACGCCGACUACAUCGAUGUUGGCACCAACGGCCUGCCAAACCUUGCCGACGAGGAUCUAGCGGAAAUGAAGCCCGACGAGCGCGAGGCUUUCGAGCACUUGAAGAGCGAGGAACGCGAGUGGAGAAGCCAGUGGCGUGGCGAGACGACUGACGGCGCGAGAUCAAAGCCGAAAAUAGGAUUCGUUGGUGUUCCUGUGUAA